AUGAAUUUCAACAACUAUAAUCCGUUCGGGUUUCCGACUUACUUUGAUCCUAAUCAGCCGCAAGUUCCACAGCAGCCAGAUCAACAGAAUUAUGAUUAUAUGACUAACUCAUUCCCCAUCUUCAACCCAAACCUCAUGCAGCCACCUCCUCAACAACCGCUAAAUUUAAUGCCAAAUCCCUCAUUUUAUAGACCCGUUGUAGAGGAAUCUAUGGCUCAGCGCUUUGUUCGCACUCUUGGCUUUAGACCUGAUCAACUUCCACUCGUUGAACGGGUUUUGGCUGAUUGUAAUCAAGAUUACAGGACAGCGACUGAUACUUUGCUUUCUUUGAAUGCUCUUCAGCAGCAGCAAGCUCAGCAACAAGCUCAGCAACAGCAAUUUCAACAGCAGCGUCACAUUCAACCACUCCCUCCUCAAGUUAUACAGAGACAGCAGCCUCAGUUCAUCAGACAGCCUCAAAUGCCUCCCCAGCCACUCAGGUUUAGACAGAUGACCACUCUUCCAACUCAGUCUAAGAUUAGAGAGAAUAAUAUGACUUCCGUCAAGAGACAAUCGAAAAAGCAGUACAAUAGCUCAGACGAUGAAGGUGAUUUCGGUGGUGACAGCGAUUCAGACGACGAUAAUGGUGUCAGAGAAUCUACCGUCUCUGUUUACGACGAGUCUGAGGCCGUCAAGUGGUUCAACAAAGCAGAACCUAAAGAGAUACAAGAAAUAUUAGCCCUCUCUGAAAGGGCGUUGGAAGCUAUCAUGUCCAUGAGGCCUUUCCAAAAUGCAAACACUUUAAGAGCAAAACUUAAAGCUACAAAAGGUGUCUCUACCACCAUCUUUGACUUUUACUUGGAUUUGAUAGCUUCCUACAAGCAGGUUGACCAGGUUCUCGACAAGUGUGAACAAGUUGGUGGUAGAAUAUCUUCCAUCUUCUCUCAGAUGGAGAAGAACGACGAGACCCCACCUGCACUCAUCGAAAGCUCAAUAAAAUUGAAGAGCUAUCAAUUUGAAGGUGUAAGAUGGUUAGAACAUUUACAUAAGCAGAAGGUUUCCGGUAUUUUGGCAGACGAGAUGGGGCUUGGUAAGACACUCCAAGUAAUUGUUUUCAUUGCCGCCCUCAAAAACACUCAGCAACCUGGUCCAAACCUCAUCGUUGUACCUUCAUCUACACUUGAAAAUUGGCUGAGAGAGUUUUCACGAUUUGCUCCAUCAUUGGUUGUCAAGUCUUAUUAUGGCGAUCAACAUGAAAGAUCUAUACUCAGGGAUGACUUAUUACCUUCAAGAAACGACAUGGAUGUACUUAUCACCACUUACAAUCUUGCUCAAGGUUCUCCCCAAGAUAGAAAGUUCUUACGCAAGAUGAAGUUCCGCACUGCUGUUUUCGAUGAAGGACACAUGUUGAAAAAUCGUGAAACAAAGUCAUACAAGUACUUGGCUGAAUUGAAGGUGCCUUGGAGAUUACUGCUUACUGGUACACCGCUUCAGAACAACCUUCAAGAACUUGUUUCGUUGCUUAACUUUAUCUUGCCUGAGUAUUUCCAAGACACUGAAGAAGCGCUGCGUGUUGUGUUCAAGGUCAAGCCCGGCGUUCACGCUUCCAUGCUUUCAAGAGAGCGUGUUUCAAGAGCUAAGAAAAUGAUGCAGCCAUUCGUAUUGCGCAGAAAGAAAGCACAAGUGUUGACAGAUUUACCAAGUAAAAGGGAAUUGAUAACAUACUGCGAUUUGACAGAUAGCCAAAGGAAUAUUUACACAGAGACCAUGUCUAGAUCACGCAAGGCUAUUGUGGAGACAGACAAGACUGAAGCUUCAACUCCUUCAGAGUCUGGCACAGAGUCAACACGAGGAAGAAAGAGAGGUAAGGCAGGUUCAUCAAAGGGCAAAGAUCCUUCAGAGUCUUCCAAUCAUGUUCUCAUGGAUUUGAGAAAAGCUGCAAAUCACCCACUAUUGUUCAGACGUCAUUUCAACACCUCAAUAGUUCGAGAAAUGGCAAAAGAUUGUUUGAAAGAGCCUGACUUCAAGGAGAGCGUUUAUGAGCUCGUCGUUGAAGAUAUGGAGAUCAUGACUGAUUCUGAAUUGCAAAACUUCUCCAAAAAUUUCCAGACCGUUAACAAGUAUACUUUACCAGAAAGCGUAUACAUGGAUUCAGGAAAGAUCACAGCGCUGAUGAAGAUACUAAAAGAAUCUAGGGAACGUGGUGACAGAGUCUUGGUUUUCUCUCAAUUUACGAUGAUGUUAGAAAUUCUCAAGAAAGUCCUCGAUCAGCACACUAUCAGAUACCUCAUGUUUACAGGCCAGACGCAAGUCGAAGAGAGACAGAUCCUCGUUGAUGAAUUUUUCGAAAACACCGAUAUUCAGGUCUUCCUUCUGUCUACAAAAGCUGGUGGUCUGGGUAUUAACUUGACGGCUGCAAACGUCGUAGUAAUCUUUGAUUCAGAUUGGAAUCCACAUGCAGAUCGUCAAGCGGGAGACAGAGCAUUCCGUAUUGGUCAGACGAAAGAUGUUACAAUACACAAAUUUGUAUCCAAGGGUACAAUCGAAGAGGAUAUGUUGCGACUCGCAGAGACAAAGCUGAAGCUUGACAAGGCAGUCGGAGGCGGUGAAGGAGAAUACGGCGUCGGAGCUGAAGAAGAGGGUAACGCUGAAUCUACUGAGAAAGUGGUCAAAUCUUCUCUACUCCAAUCUAUCCGUAACAGAUUAGAUCAGGGAGGUCAGCCUGAAGAAGGAGCCGAUCCAGCAGCAUCACAAUCUGAGUUUAUCAAACAGCUUGAAGUAAAUAACCAGCUACCAGAGGGUGUGCAGGCCAAGGCGCUGGCUAGUGGAUUGCCAAAGAAUGCUCAAAUUCAGCUGCAGAAUGAUGCGUCUACGCCCGUGCAUGAGGAAGCCAAGGCUAUCAAUCAGGCUCAACAGCAGCACGUGCAUCACCUUAAUGAGCAGAAGGCGGAAAUCAAAUUAGAGCCAAGCCAAGUACCAACAUUACCAACGCCCAGUGCUGAAAAUGUCCCAGCUCUUCUCGCUCAACCUCUUCAACAACCGCAAUCAAAUCCAUCAGCAGACAUUAAGCCUGAGUCGCGCGAGGCUGUAACAGGUGUACAAUCUCCAACACCUGUGCAAGAUCAACCAUCUUUGGAAAUUGAGCCAAGUGAAGAAUCUCAAACAGCCGCAGGAGAUCAACCAGCUCAAAUCCCUGCUCCUCAACCAGUGGAAGCAUCAGCACCAACACAGUCACAAACACAACCACAACUGCAGCAAACUCAACCUACAUCUUCACCACAGCCACAAUCUACACCUCCACAACAACCACAAUCACAGGAAGAAUCGCCAAAAGAGGACUAUCAGCCUUCGUAG